AUGGACGCACACGUGUGGCCCGCGCAAGGCGUGCGAUCGUCGCACACUGACGCCGCGCCCGCAUCUCGCCCCUCCUCCUGGCUCCCUCCCCGCCUGCUCUCCGUGAUCCCUGCACCGUGGCAGGAGCUGCUGGAACAUCCACGUACCGCACUGCACCGCAUUGCAUGGCAGUACAGGGAUGCAGCAGCAUUGCAGGUGGAGGCGUUUUGGCGCAACCACUCGCUGCUGCUGCUGUCCGCUGGGGGCGUGUCCCUGUCGCUGCUGCUCUGGGGCUGCUCCUUCCGCCUCGCCUCGCUCUUCCUCACCAUGCCGCCCAGCUCCCUCGGCCUGCCCUACCUGCUUGCCUCCUGCACUGCCGUCGCUGCUCUGGGCGGGGCAGUGCGGGCGCACACGAGCAUGAGUCCAGCAGCGGCAUACCGCAUGGCCAUGUGCGCCCUCAACACGCAUGCGGGUGUGCUGGAAGUGCUGGGAGCACCGCUGCUGGGAGCGCCUAUGAGGGCGUACGUGCAGGGGGGCGGGGGCAUAGUGCUGUCGGGCAUGGCUGUGCGUGCUGCCCCGCGGGACUGCUGGCUGGUGUUCCCUGUGCGCGGUGCAGAGGGGCGUGGUGUGGUGCAAGUGCACGUGCACCGCCACAACGGGCAGUACGACCUGCGGCUGGUGGCGGUGGAUGUGGCAGCCGGCAGUGCAGGCAGCGAGUGCGUGGUGGUGGUGGGCGACCAUGCUGCUCUCUCCCGUGCACAGCCCUUGCUGCAAGGGCUCAGGCACGCACUGGACAAUGUGCAAGGCGGGCGAGCAGGGGCAGAGAAGAGGGCUGUGGAGAACGCCCAGCAAGAACAAGGCUGA